UUUGGCAGGAGCUUGAUAAGAGAAACCCUAAUCCUAUGACUUGUGAAGCUAAUAUUAAUUCCUAUGGGACUGAGCAGGACAAGAUGUGUGUCCAUAUUUUUCUUGCUGGUCUGGACCCCUCACUUUGAAGGGGCAAAGAAUGAGUUAUUGCGUCUUGCAACUCCACCUACAUUGGAACAAGCUUUUGCCUAUAUCCGAAGAGAUGAAGGUAAUAAGGCUGCCGCUCAUAACCUUCAUACUGAAAUUUAUGGUUUAGCAAUCCAUGCUACACCUCAACCUCAGAUUGGGAAUUCUACCCGAGUUCCAUCUCAAAGUCAGUAUCAACCACAGAAUCAAGGAUAUCAACAAAAUCAGAAUUAUAACCAAAUGACUGGCAACUAUUGCAAGGAAGUUGGCCAUUUCAAGAAUCAAUGCCCUACGUUGCGAAGGUUUAAUUACAACAACUUUGGUUGGAGAGGAGGCAAUAAUACUAGAGGACGUGGAGGACACGGUGGUGGUCAAAGAGGCAAAGUAGCAGUUCAAUUGGUGGUCUCGAGAAUCUGUGCACCAGGGUGAUCAUGGGCAAGGGAGAACUGAGAGAGAGACUGUUUCACUUGGAUUGCAUGUACGUAGAGCCAACAUAAGCACCGGAAUAGCCUUUGGCCCUGACAUUGAAUUUUGACAGAUUGAGUGAGCUAUGGUUGUGGCACAGGCGUUUGGGUCAUCCAUCUUUUGGAGUUAUGAAGAAGUCCAUGCCUUCGUUGUUUCUGGGAGUUAGUGAGUCUAGCCUGCAUUGUGAAACUUGUGCUUUGGCUAAGAGUCAUAGGUCUAGUUAUCCUUUGAGCUUUCAUUCUAGUGCCUUUUGAGUUAAUUCAUUUGGAUUUAUGGGGUCCUUCUAAACAUUCUACCCUUUCUGGAAUGCAAUAUUUUGUGUUAUUCAUCGA